AAAAGAUCUCUCUCAUUUUUCCCAGGUUGUCGUUGUUACAAAGAGACGUGGAUAGUUCAAGUGUUCUGUGCAUAAACCGCACUGACUUUUACCUAAUUUCAGGAAAAAGACUUUCUGUCAAGAGAACUAACCACUGCUGUUUCCUUGCUGCACUGAAAAGGAAUUUUUUAGAGAAAUAAUGCUCCAUUCAACAUUGGCCUUGUCUCUCCUGCUAAUUGCAGUCUCAUCCAACCUUGCUAUGGCAAUCAAAAAGGAAAAAAGAGCACCUCAGACACUAUCAAGAGGGUGGGGAGAUGAAAUAACCUGGGUACAAACUUAUGAAGAAGGGCUUUAUCAAGCAAAAAAAAGUAACAAGCCACUGAUGGUCAUUCAUCAUUUAGAAGACUGUCAAUACUGCCAAGCACUGAAGAAAGCUUUUGCUGAAAAUGAAGAGAUACAAGAAAUGGCCCAAGAUAAUUUCAUUAUGCUGAAUCUCAUGCAUGAAACCACAGAUAAAAACCUGUCACCUGAUGGACAAUACGUGCCUCGAAUCAUGUUCAUAGACCCAUCUCUCACGGUGAGAGCUGAUAUCACAGGAAGAUACUCUAAUCGGCUGUACACUUACGAACCACAAGAUAUACCAUUCUUAAUAGAGAACAUGAAGAAAGCACUGCGCCUCAUUCAGACAGAACUGUAAGCAACAGUGAAACGAUCAUAGCCUCUAGAAGGUGAAGCUGCACCAGGGAUUUCAAUAUUUUAAAACAUUUUAUUUAGCCUCUUUCUCUGCUACAUUUUUGGACUCUUACCAAUCAGGUAAACCAAAUUUUAUGAGAAAGUUAUACGUAUGAUUUGAAAAGGAAAUAUAGGAGGCUAUCAUUACCAUUUGGAAAACAGAAGAAAUGUAUCAAACACUUUGAAGCUGAGUUAGUUACAUGAAUAACCGAACGUGAUGGUUAAAGGUGCAAGCAACUUUGAGCUGUAUAUUUUCAAUUGAACUGUAGCUUUAUUGUCAGCUAUAACUACCAAUCAAGAGCUAUAGCCAAUACUCAAUGCCUAUUUACAAUACAUUAUGUAAGUUAUUAGCCAUGUCUUACCACCUAUUUUUUAUUUCACAUAGCUUGUAAAUCUUUAGUAUAACUCAGUUUUAUGCACUUAUUUCUCAUUGCAGGAAUAUUGCUGGCAAAUCAGACAAGAAGGCUCUUGCUGUAGGUCUUAGAAUAGCUAGUAGAGGAAAAAAAAAAUCAGAUUUAGGGCUUGCUUUCUUCUGUAUCAUCAUUAAACUAUUAUUCUGACAGCUGAAAACAGAACAUAUUUCUUGCUGAACAUGGGGGUUUCUGCGAGGUGAUAGUCAUCGAACAGCAGCUACAGGUUUUGCCAUGAUAAAAAUGCAGUGACGCAAGAGAGAUGGAAGGAGAUAAUUCCAGAACUGCACCCCUGAGGCUAGUCAUGCUUGUAAAGUCUGGUGUGGGAAAAGCGAGCAGGCUUUUCCUAGCUCUCUUCUUUUAAAUAGCACUUUCAAACGGUCAUGAUGUUUGUGUUGGGAGCCACAGAAGAAGGAAUGACCAGUGAGGAAAUCUGCAUAUAAAAAAUCUUUUCCACAAAAACUCCCAAGAUCACCAUAUGGAAGGGUAGACAUCUAUUUUAAGUAAAUAUCUUGAGUCAAUAGUUUUCUAUGCUUUUUCACUAGAGCAAGGUAGUAAGUCAUUCAUCUGCAGGAAGAGCAACAAUAUUAUAUUCUGUGCAAGGCACAAGUGUCUCUCAUCUGUUACCUGCCAUUUCCUCUGGUGUUGCCUAAACACAUAUAUGAAGUAUGAAGGAUGAUCCUCUGCAAGACAGCUAUAUUAACUUAUAAUACUGAAUAUUAAUUUGUCAUAAAUGAAUUAUAUCAUGCCUAUCUGUCUUCAUAGCUAUGUAAAAUUUGGACGUAAGAGUGUACUCCAAAAGAGGGGUGAAAAAUGACCUGUGAAACAAAUACCUAAAGAAAAAAUUGUAUUUGUCUUUAGUAGUAUAUUUUCCUCAGCAGUAUAUUGUCUUCAUGAUCAAGGGAAAACUCUAGAAACAAAAUUAAACUGGUAAUCGCAUUCCCUUGAA